CCAACCGCCUCAGCGUGCCUAGCUACGCCCGCUGAUUGGCCCUCCGCCUGGCCCUGCCGCACGCAUGCGCACACGCUCCCCGCCGGGCGCUGUGCGCAGGCUCACGGCGGUUGGGAGGUGGUGCAGUGAGGGGUUCGUGCGCGUGGGGCUAUGUCGGGCCGGCCGCCGCGGCAAGAGGAGGGGGGGGACAGCGCGAAGCUGCGCCACAAGGACGAGCUGAGCCGGAAGAUUAAAGAGCAGAAGGUUGUAGUUGAUGAGCUUUCUAAUUUGAAGAAGAACCGGAAAGUUUAUAGGCAGCAGCCUAACAGCAACAUAUUCUUCCUUGUAGACCGAACUGAAACACUAUCUCAAUGCAAAAAUACUUUAGAUGAAUUAAAGAAGGCACAUCAGGAGAUGGAAAAUUCAGAAAAGACUAAAAUAAAGAAAUAGUCCACCUGAA